AUGGUUUCGGCGACAACUGAGCAGAUGAGUGAGCCGCAGAACGAGCGCACAUUGCCUGCUUCGAUGAAGCGGCGAUUGAGUUUGGAUGAGGCGUCUAACCCAGCGAUGGGUGGUACUCCUCAGAGUGUGCCUAAGUAUGUGAAGCGUGAAGAAGGCGUGUUCCGAGACUGUUUGGGUUUUGUACCUGAAGAUGGUGCUGUGGUGAAUUAUAUCCGUUGUCUUACCGCAUCAAUUGUGAGUCGUGCAAACUCUGGGCAUCCUGGUGCUCCUAUGGGGUGUGCUGUUAUGGCUCAUGGUUUGUUUGGUUACGUGAUGAACGCGAAUGGUGAACACCCUGACUGGGUGAACCGGGACCGUUUCGUGUUGAGCAACGGUCAUGCGUGUGCGUUGUUGUAUACCAUGUUACAUCUGACUGGUCACGCUGUGUCUAUGGAGGAUUUGAAGAGCUUCCGGAAGCUGGGUAGCAUUUGUGCUGGCCAUCCGGAAGUUGGUCUUACGAGCGGUGUUGAGGUGACUACCGGACCCCUGGGUCAAGGAAUAGCAAAUGCUGUUGGCCUAGCCCUUGGAACCCGCCUCAUGGCUGCAAGAUUCAGCGCCGAGCUGUUCAAUAAUUACACUUAUGCAAUACUCGGCGAUGGAUGUCUCCAGGAGGGUGUCUCCGCCGAAGCGUGCUCGCUCGCAGGCACCUGGAAGCUUGGAAGCCUCAUUGCACUCUACGACCGCAACGGAAUUACCAUCGACGGAAGCACCGAACUUUCCUUCACUGACGACACCGCCAAUAAAUUCAGAGCCUGGAACUGGCAGGUCCUCUACCUCCCUGACGGCGACAGAGACCUCUCUAAUUUGGUUAGCCUUAUAGAACAGGCCAAGAAGAAUACCCAACAGCCGACCUUAAUCAUUGUAGAUACCACCAUCGGAUACGGCUCGCUCAAACAGGGAAGCUGCAAAGUACAUGGUGCUCCUUUGUCCAAAGAAGACAUGAAACAGCUCUGCGAGAAGUCAGGGUUUGUCUACGACGAUAUCUUCGAGGUACCGGAGAGCGUCAAGCAAUUUUAUCAAGCUAAAAAAGCUUCCUCCAACAAGGCCUACGCAGAAUGGAUGGACAAGUUUAAUCAGUGGAAGCAGAAUAAUCCGGUCGACGCCGCGGAACUGGAGAGAAGACUGUCAGGGAAUGUGUGCGAUCGCGCGAUCGAACAAUUAAAUAAUGUUGAAAUCAAGGAAGAUGCGCCGCGGAACGUGUCUCAGGCCUGCCUGCAAGCAAUAGCUGCGGCAAUGCCGGAGCUUGUGGGCGGUAGCGCGGAUCUAAUGGAGAGUAACAAGACGGACGUAGUGAGCCAAGUAGGGGGCCGCCAGUGCCCAGAGAACGCAGGAGGGCGUUACUUGCAUUUCGGAGUACGUGAACACGGCAUGGCGGCAAUCAUCAACGGUCUGGCCGGCUAUGGUGGCUUCAAGGUGUUCAAUUCCACUUUUUUGAACUUUUACACCUACGCCUGGGGUGCUGCGCGUUUGGCGGCGCUGUCUCACUUCCCAGUGUUGAUGCUUGCCACUCACGACUCGAUUGAGCUCGGCGAAGACGGUCCAACACACCAGCCCGUGGAGGUGCCGGCGUUGUUGCGCGCGACGCCAAACUUGGAUAUGAUUCGCCCGGGUGACGCACGCGAGGUGGUCGGCGCCUACCGCUGCUGGAUGAAGUCGACCAAGACCCCCGUUGUGCUCGCUUUGGCGCGAGGCAAAGUGCCUGUUCAGGAUAAGACGGAUUCGGAGAAGGUCGCUAUGGGAGCGUAUGUUCUGCGCGAUUUUGCUGCAGACGAAACGAAGCCCAAACUUAUUCUUGCCGCAUCGGGCUCAGAGUUGUUCAUGGCUGACAAGACAGCGGAGUUGUUGAGUGGCUACAACAUUCGUACCGUCUCCAUGCCCAGCUGGGACCUCUUUGAGAAACAAACCGCCGAAUACCGACGAGACAUCUUCCCUCGGGGCGUACCCGCAGCCAUUAUGGAACCCUACAGCUCUUAUGGUAUCGAUCGAUACUUCUACCCCGAGAUCAGUGUCUCUCUCGACCGCUUCGGGGUCUCAGCACCCGUCAAGGACGCCAGACAGCACCUCGGUUACACACCCGAAGCCUGGGCCGAAAAGAUAAAGCAGAACUACAAACAAGUCAACAGCUCUUAA